UUAGGUGAUGACCUGAAAAAACCAUGUCUGAGGUUCAGGGAACGGUCGAGUUUUCUGUGGAGCUACACAAAUUCCAUAAUGUGGACCUCUUCCAGAGGGGGUAUUACCAGAUAAGAGCUGGACUGAAGAUCCCAUCCAGGAUUCCCCACAGGCUGUUUGCUACCAUUGCAGGACAGACAGGUGAUUCCAGCCUUUGCUCGACCUGCGUUCAUGAAAACAAUGUUUACAGCAGAAUAUUUCAGAUUUUGUACAGAAAUGAAGAGAUCAUUCUUAAUGAAACCAUGAACUUCAGAGUGCACCUGCUUCUGGAUGGUGAAAGGGUGGAAGAUGCAUUGAAUGAGGCAGAUUUUCAGCUCAAGCUGGACCUGCACUUUACUGAUAGUGACCAACAGCUGAGGGAUGUGCCAGCCAUCCCCAUGAUCAGCAGCCGCACUCUGUGCCUGCACUUCCACCCCCGCAGAGGGCUGCACCACCACGUUCCCGUCAUGUUCGACUACUUCCACCUCUCCGUGGUCUCCGUCACGGUGCACGCCUCCCUGGUGGCUCUGCACCAGCCUCUGAUCAGCUUUGCUCGUCCAGGGAAAGGUUCAUGGCUUGGUAAAGGCAACCUGGAGGCGGGACCAGACCAGUCCAGUAUGUCAUUAGAAAAUCUAGUGUUUGGAGCUGGCUACUGCAAACCCACUUCUUCAGAGGGCAGCUUUUAUGUCCCAUCUGAAAAUUGCAUGCAGCAUGCAUACAAGUGGCAUAAGGAUCUCUGUCUUCUGCUCCUGAGUGCUCAAAGGGGUCUUCACUCAUACUACACCCUCAUAAUGAAUGAGAUUCCUGAUUUACCACAGCUGAAGUUGGAGGAGCUAUCUGUGGAAGAGACAGUAUCCCAGCUUUGUAUGGAGCUGCAGCUGCUGAGCAAUCCAGAGAAGAUAGCAGAACAGAUAAGCAAGGACCUUGCCUGGCUUUGCUCUCACCUCCUGGCCCUGUGGACCCAGUUCCUAGAGGUGGCAACACUCCAUCCAGAAGUCACAGCUUAUCUGACUCAGGAGCAUCACAUGCUAAGGGUGAGAAGAUUCUCAGAAGCCUUCUUCUACACUGAGCACCAAAAACCUGCUGUGCUCAUGUUCCAGGAAGGCCUGAUCCAGAGCCAUGCACAGAUUUCUACAGAAAUUCGUAAUUCGGAUUAUUUCACCAGCAUGCCCCCACUGCCGGCGGAAUGCCUGGACAUCGAUGGGGACUGGAACACACUCCCAGUUAUCUUUGAAGAUAGGUACACAGACAUGCCUUGCAAAGAUCAGAAUUUGGAAGUUUUCCCAGAUUUUGAUGUUUCUGCAAAUACUCAAGUGGAUGUAAAACUGGAAAAUGAAGACUGCACAUCAGAUGAUGCUACUGCAGUAAUGAAAGGAGACUUUGAGAAAGAUACUCCUCUAAUAUACACAGACAGAAUAAACAGGAAUCCCUCAUGCCUACACAGCAGUACUGAAGCUGCUGCUAAGGGUUUAAACCAGCACUCCACAUCUCAGGUAUGUACAAUAAUCAAAGAAGGCCAAAGGAAACAUGAAAAUAUUUUUCUUUCAAGAGAGGAAACUAUUUCUGACUCAGAGCCAGGCAAUACAGAACACAUGUCAGAAGACUUUAAAACAUCCGAGGAAGUUUUAUUAAAAGAUAAUAGACUUGGGGCGGAUGUCACCUGUGGAGACAUGGAACCCAGCAAUAAGGACUCUCACAAACGUGAGCCCACGCUUAUUGUCAGUGCUCAGCAUGAGUAUGGAGCACGUGGAACUGAUGGCUUGGAAGACAGCCCUGAAAUACAUGAACUAGAUGAAUUUGGUCAUCCUGAAACUAAUUUCACUUCAUCUGAGCUUGCACUGAAUGAAUUGACCAGUCUUGGAAAACCAGAGGAUGCAGACACCAAGGCUCACCUCCCUGUUUUGAAAGCUCUGCCUUCACACAGCUGUGAAGUGAAGUCAGUCACAAAGGAGCAACGAAGCGAGGAGAGUGAAGAAUUUACCCUGAUGUCAGGGGUCAUAAAAAGAUCUUCCUCUAUAAUAUCUGAUUCAGGCAUUGAAAGCGAGCCAAGCUCGGUGGCAUGGUCUGAUGCUCGCAGCCGGGCCCUGGAGCUGCCCAGUGACCGAGAGAUCCUGCACCACUUGGUCCGGAGGCACGCCAUCCACCGCAACUCCCUGGAGGGUGGCCACACGGAAAGCAACACCAGCUUGCCCAGUGGUAUCCAGGCAUCGCUCACAUCCAUCAGCUCUUUGCCCUUUGAGGAAGAGGAGAGGGAAGUGGAGCUUACCAAACUGACGAAAUCUGUCUCUGCCCCUCAGAUCAGUAGCCCAGAAGAGCCCCCAGAGGAGGUGGAUAUAUCAAAACACAGCGGAGCCACCUCAGGAGAGUCAGAUCACAACUUAAGAAGCUGCAUGGAAAUAGAGGAUAGAGAUGGGAAAAUAAUCAUGGACUUUUCUGAGUGUCAAACGACCACUGAAAGUGGACAAAUAGAACACAGAAUACAUCCCAAUCCCCUCCUCAAACACAGUAGCAGUAACACUGAGUUACAAGGGAACGAGGAGAAAGCUUUUCCAGAGACUUGCUGUAGUUUGGAAUAUACAAGACCACCCAGCUGUCCGAAGCAGCUCCAAGUUAAUGUCUCUGAGUGCCUGUUACUGGAGAGCAAUGGUGAGUGCAGCUUAAAAACAGCAAGGGCUUGUAAUUACUUGGACAAAAAUAUAGAUAAGGUUGAUACAUGCAUUGAGGAUCCAAAGGAUAAACUUAAGCCGGACAGUUUAAAAGUACAACAGGGCUCUUCCAAUAGUAGAAUUUCAGGAGAGGAGAGUUUUUCACAAAGCAUAAAGGUGGUACCAGAUUUUUGCUAUGCUGUCACAGCUCCUUCAGACACCUCCACUGAAUUUGGCUCACUGCGAGGAGAAUGUGGCAGCUCUCUCGCUGAUGAGAGCCCAGCAGUGUAUGCAGAAAUGCAGGCAUUGCAAGAAAUUGAGCUCAAUGACUCACCUGCCUCAGCAGACCCUGCAUCAGGGGCCCACCAGGCUGAACAUCCUCAGGAGCCCAACAGCCAAGAGAAUAAACUUGUAGCGAACGGCACCGGGUUUCCUUUGGCCACGACAGAGGGAGUAGCCCUGGAAAGCAGAAAGGCUGCUGAUGUGGUUAACAUGUCCAUCUCUUGCACAGCCACCUGUCUUCCCUUUUCUUCCGUGCUCAAAGAGACCCCUGCCAUGGCGGGCUCCUCGGCAAAGCAGGCUGCGUUCCCCAUCACGCGCCAGCCGCUGGGCUCCUUCGGAGUUGUCUGUCCUAAUUCAGAUGAGAUGGAUGAAGAGACCAACGAAAGGAUGCUGAAUUUUUAUCAGGCCAAAGAAAAAUUUAAAAAAGAAAUGAAGAUUGAAGGAUUUCUGUACAGUGACUUAUCUGUACUAGCUUCUGAUAUCCCAUAUUUUCCACCAGAGGAAGAGGAAGAAAAUUUAGAAGAUGGAAUUCACCUGGUUGUCUGUGUCCAUGGAUUGGAUGGUAACAGUGCAGAUCUGCGGCUGGUAAAGACUUUUAUUGAGCUGGGACUUCCUGGUGGAAAACUGGACUUCCUAAUGUCUGAAAGAAAUCAGACUGAUACUUUUGCUGAUUUUGAUACAAUGACUGACCGAUUAUUGGAUGAAAUUAUUCAGCAUAUCCAGUUGUACAACCUCUCUAUAUCCCGAAUAAGUUUUAUUGGACAUUCCCUUGGUAACGUCAUCAUUCGAUCUGUACUAACUCGCCCCAGGUUUCGCUAUUACCUCAACAAGUUACACACCUUCCUGUCCCUCUCUGGGCCUCACCUGGGAACCCUUUACAACAACAGCACUUUGGUUAGUACAGGUCUAUGGCUAAUGCAGAAGUUAAAAAAGUCAGGGUCACUUUUGCAACUGACCUUCAGGGACAACGCAGAUCUACGCAAGUGUUUCCUCUAUCAGCUCAGCCAAAAAACGGGUCUUCAGUAUUUUAAAAAUGUUGUAUUGGUGGCCUCACCCCAGGACAGAUAUGUACCUUUUCAUUCAGCAAGAAUAGAAAUGUGCAAAAAUGCUCUUAAGGACAGACACACAGGUCCUGUUUACGCAGAAAUGAUCAACAACCUGCUCCAGCCUUUGAUUGGGGCCAAGGACUGCACGUUGAUCAGACACAACGUGUUUCACGCUCUGCCCAACACCGCCAACACAUUGAUAGGUCGGGCUGCCCACAUUGCCGUGCUGGACUCUGAACUUUUCCUGGAGAAGUUUUUCCUUGUGGCAGGACUCAACUACUUCAAAUAGUGCCUGAAGUAUGGGGUAACAGAGGCCAACCUUUCCAUUGGGUGGAGGAGACUUCCUUAGCCAACAGAGUGCAAUGUUAGAAAUAAGAUCAGGUGGGACUUUCAAACUUUCCAUUUCCAUUUCUCUUUCAGAGAAUAAAGUGCUAUGGCUUUAAGGCAUUCAAGCUUCCAAAUAUUGGUGCUUUUGGAAGAAAUAAAUAUUCCUCCUCAGUUUCUAUGGUUUUUUUGUCCACAUAAAGACAUGAGCCACUUCUGAAGUACAGAUUCAGAAUAAGAUAAUUAAUUCUCUAAAUUUGAUUGGACCAAUAUAAUUCCCAUUUCCCUUGAAUAUUAAACCAGGAACUUGUCUGUCCUUGAUUUAUUGCUUAUUUAUGCAUUAACAAAGCUCUACAUUUGUAGCACCUUUGGGGUAGUUAAUACAGAAGGGAACAAGUGCAUGUGAACUCAGGUUAAAACCUUCUUUGUGAUGAACUGAGAAGUCUGAAAACCAUUUAUGAAAGUUUCAGUCUUUCUGUUUGGUGGAAAAAAUAUUUGGAUGGUUCCAUUACUGGUAAUUUGUAACAUACAAAUUGUACAUUCAAAUAAUGGAAAGGAGUAGAAUAUUUCACACAGAAUGAACAAAUAUUGAUAUUUGACUUUAAAAUGAAGCCCCAACUUUAGUUUGGGAAGAAUAUAAUUUGAGUUACAAGCUGCCAAACCAAAAGGACUAUAUUGGAUUACUUGUAAAAUAUCAGUGGCAUCUGUUAACAUUUCUUCUGUUUACAUUUUUAAAAGAUCAUAACUGACUGUGUUACAAUCUUAAAGUUAAAAUUUUUACAUUUGCAUUUGUAUCUAAGUCCAUUUGUUCCAACAAUUAUCUUUUUUUUUUUUUUAAUUUAUUACGCUGAUACGGAAUUCAAAAUCUAGCCAGUUAUACCCUUGAAAACCCCAAAUAUUUGGAAAAAUAAAGGCUGGAGAUGGAGAAAAAUAAGGAUUGUGGAAAGCUUUAAAAAUAUAAGAAUGUCAUAAGAUCCUCUGCAAUACUCUCUAAAUGCUUUGUUAAUGCCCAUUUGCAGUGCUGUAUACAGUCCUAAUUAUUAUAUGGUCACAGCUGGUUGAACUAUUUAAAACUUUAUUCAUGCAAUGAUACCUAAAUUGUUUUUAGGAGUUUUGAAAAAAAAAAAAAUAUUUCCCAAUUUCUAAUUUUUUCAUUAAAUUUAUAGUAGGAUUUUUAUCACAAAGUUAUCAGAUUUAAAGUGACAAAUUUCAAUAACUUUCUGCACAUUUUCAUAACAUUUUGAUGAAUUUUCAAUGUCACAGGAGUUUUUUAAAAAAAGAGAACGUGAAUAAUUCUUCACAAUUAUUUUUGUUUAGAAGGCAGGCAAUUUUUUAAAGCAAAUACAAUUUGUUUAAAAAUGAAAAUGAACAAGUCUCCAUAUCUGCUAGCAGUGACUGUAAAAAAAUUACAAAGCUGGGUUUAAGUGUCAAGACUCCCAUUAAUAAACUAAGAACAAGAUGGUGGGGAUUUGUGAAAUAAGAGAAUACAAAAUGAAAACAAAAUACAUUACAGCCACAGGGAAAUAUUUGUAGUUGCAAAAAGUAAAACUAAUUUUUUCUCAAAAGAAAAAAGUGAAAAACUUACACAAAAUUAGUUCAAGAAAAGAGUUUGAGCAGACUGGCAAAUGCUGGUAAAGGAAAAAGCUGGCUUGAUAACUAAUGCAUGUUUUUAAAAUAGGAAGGAGAAAGAAGGUAUAUACCAAAGGGUGAGACUAAAUCACCUGAAAAGUGUUACACAUAAAAACUUGUGCCCUCAUAGAGGCAGAAAUUCUAUGAGAACAGCUCCAUGGUGUGAUUUAAUGUUGACAAGUUUCUUAAACAAUACCUCAGUACUUGAAUUAAAUAGGUACAUACUGUUGUGUCUCGCUCUCUCUCUCUUUUUCACUUUUUUUCGUUACAGAUUGACUAUUAAAUGUUAACAGUCAGUUUUCCUCAGUUAGCAAAUGAAUUCUAUCAGGAAACCUGUGGUUUCCACUUCAUGUUCGGGAAUUCUUUCUCACUUUUUGGCCUCAGCAGUCUAGUGGCAGCUGCACAGACAUAUCACAACUUCUUCUUCAGUAAAUUGUCUAUAGAAUUUUAAAUAUAAUGGGACAUGGAGGUGGAGCUAUUAUAUAGUGCAGCCCUUUUGAGCCAGGAGUAGUACUUCUAUAUGGAAAAACAGGAAAGAAAAGAAACUUCUAACUGUAAGCAAUCUCCAGUGUUCUGUAUGAGGGUCUGGUCCACUUGAGGAAAACAUUCAGGAAUCUGCAAACUGAAGAUUCUGAAAAACAUUUGGAAUGAAGUGACUUUACACCUAUAUACAUACCUGCUGUGUGAGUAUACACAGUCUAUACAAAGAAGUUUGCUUAUUUCCAGGUCUCACUCACCAACUCUCACUGUCCUGAGUCUGACAGCAAACCAGUGUAGCUGUUCUUAUACUCAGAUGGGAGGUUCUUGCCUUGCCUUGGACAUUGGACAGCAUUCCCAGACUUCUGUUUGCAUGACUGUGAGAGGGUGGGAAAAGGUCUCUGCUUUGUUGCAGGAGUUGGUGGGUCUUUCCAAGUUCACUUUGAUGUUCUGUACUCCUACCAGUGCUCUAACUGAUGGAUAAAUAUAUCUAAAGGUGUCAGUGCUCCAAUUCAUAUAGAAUCCUUUGAUGGCUCAGUCAGAUUUCAGAGUUGGAGUUGGAUCAUUUAUAGACUUGGAUCAGGUCCACAUAACUUACAUCUUGUGCAGUAUGGAAGAAAGCUCCUGUGGAACCUCAGAAAAAUCUGGGAAGUAUCAUUCCUGUCAAAUGAUAAGACACAGAUUUUAUCACCUUGGCAGAACAUUGUGGGAUAUAUUGGCAGCAAUGGUCUAGUUGAGCUUCCAUUUUAAGUUCUCAGAAUAGCCUCCCUCACUUUUUCUUCUUUUAUUCUUUUUAGUGGGACAUUGCCUCUAGGUACUAUAAAUCCACUCAAUUGUAUAGACAAUACUGCGAAGAAAUCUGCAUUGUCAUUAUAAUAUAAAUAAUAUAUAAGUUCUUGGACUUCAUCAAAAUAUAGUCAUCAGCAUGGACUUAUUUUCCAUGCAAAUAAAUACACAGCAAGAAUUAUCCUCAUAAAAAUUAACAAAGUGCCCAGUUAGCAUUUUUGUUUCUGUAACAACCUUUGGAGUUUCAAUUUAACAAACGUCCUUUCACAUAAAGCCUUUUAAAAUACAUUUAAGUACAUUUGUAGUAUUUCUGCAAGGAUUUCCCCCACAAUCUACACAAGUCCCCUUCAGCUUCCUCUGUGGGGGCAGGGUUUAAUGCUUCAGUGAAGCUCUCUGCUUUUUUCAGGACCUUGGACAGAGGAGGGACAAACCUGGGGGUUUUUUUGUAGCUUGUCGAUAUUAGUGUAAGCUGUAUUUGAAGUGAAAUUCCCUUCAAUUCUAAAGGAUUCUGCAGUUAAGUAGAAAACAAAGCCAGAAUUCCAAGGUUGUUUUUUUGCAUCUAAAAAGCUUAAAACUGGCAAGGAGGAUCUCCACCAGGUAAAGUGUAUUUAGCUAUUGAGGUUUUCCAGCAUCAGGAGAUGACGUGUGGGCUGUAGCCCUGAUGAGCAAGUUCUCUGGGGGAAAGUGUAGUAAAAGAGGAGCAGAGCCAGCAGAUGUCAAGGCUUUGAAGGACAGAGACAAAGAUAGGGGGAUGGAAGAAAGACAAGGAGUUCCUGAAGCAGACUAAAACAUUUAAGAGGACUGAAAUUUUAAAAGAAUUUAAGAACUUGAAAACAGGGUGGUUAUAACAAUUCAGUGCAUAUCUAUAAUUGUAUGAUGAUGCCUUAAUGCAUAGCUGAAUUAUUUUUUCUCUGAUAUUCUGGGUUUCCUAGAACCCAUUUCUCCCCAGUUUUAAAAGAAUUUGAUAUCUUCUGAAAUGGAAUUUUUAAAAUUAUGGAUGGAGAGAAAUUGCAGCAUUGACUAAGUGUGUGUAGAUAAGGGGCAGAAUAGUAAGUUCUUUCUGCAUAUGGGCUGAGGAUUUUCAAGGACUAGGUUUUCAAUCUUAUGGAAAAAGAGAAUCCAAUCUGCUGAAUCCUCUGGAAUUUUUUCUUCUUGGAAAAUUGUAGAAUUUGUCCUGUCUAGUCUCGUCACCUAAUUUGUGCUUAAAAAACUUGUUGCAAAAUGAAUUUGUUCUACUAAAAUAAAAGGCCUAAUUUCUAUCUGUAGUCAGUGAAGAGAGGUAGGUGCUACUGAAAAUCUGCAGGAAUAAUCCUGUUUUGUGCUUUGGUAGCAUUAAGGGUUAUUUAUCUCUGUUCCUUAUCCAGGUAACUUAUAAUAAGAGUCACUUUCUGGGUGUCUAAGACAUCGACAGAAACUGGAGGGUCAGCAUUUUUUGACUGAAUUACUUCAGUUUUUCAUACAUGGGUGCAAGUUUUGACUGUACACCUUAACCAAAAGUAAACAUUUAUGAUAUGAAUAAGGCUCCUUUAAAAUCUAUAAGGAAUGGGUCUUUUUCUGGCCUCCAAUGAAUGCUCAUUUUCCUUUUAAUGAAAUUCACAAUUUGUUUUCAAAAUCAGGUCUGUCCACGCACAGUAGAGGAAAUUGAUUUUUUUUAUCUUUAAAGGAUUAUUUUCUAAAGACUUGAAACCUUAGCACGGAGUUUUGGAAUUACCUACACAAAUUCUGAGCACUAUUUUACUUCAAAGCAGUUCCUAAAUAUCCACUGACCAAUCCUCUUCACUGUUCCCUUGCCAGAAAAGAGCUACACUUGGGACAGAAAGCUAUCAGAAGACAUUGUGAAAACUGGGAAUUCAAGAAAAGUUUUCAUUAGAAUUUGUACUUUUCUUUAGUGCUUUUUGCAUGUUACAAAAAAAAAAAAAAAAAAAAGGAAGUUCUCUUGCUUUCUAUCUCUGCAUUUAAAAGAGUGAGAGUGGUGAUGAAGGAGAAAGAUGAGAACUUCUAAGAACAGGUUAGACACUUGUGAAGGCUUAUGCAAAUAUCCCAUGAAAUUUAAUACAUAAUGAAUAGUCAUGGAGCAUUUCUGAGGCAGUCUCAGCAUGCCAAUAUGUCAGCCUAGCUAAAUGAUUAUUUUCUUUGUGGACUUAAAUUUCCAGUUAUAAAUUAUCAUCAGAACAGCCUGACAUAUUUCGCUCCAGCUGGUUAUUUAGAUGCUAAAGGUCAUGUCCAUAGAGAACUCUUAUGGAGUGCUUUUCUUUAUUUCAACACACAUGCUCAGCAGUUUUGAUAGUUUAUGUUAUCUAAUUGGUAGUUUCUAGCUAAAUUUACAUCUUCCUCCAAAUUUUCAGUGUUUAUUUAAUCAUUGAAUUGUUUUCAAGGUAUAAACCAGAAUAAAUGCAGUUCUGUUAGAGUUAGUAUUCAUCUUCUUUAAUGCAGUUACUUUAUGGCUGUAGUACCACAGUCUCAGGACAAAUAAUUAUUGAAUUAAAAUUAGAUCAUUAAUGUUUGGAGUAAUGAAAUUUAUAGUGAGGGGAUUGAUUAGCUGCAGUUCACUCUCCUCUGGUUUGGUUUUGCCUUUUGGGUCAAACAUAACCACAGCAAUGUUUUGCCCCUGGCUCUGUUCAUGGUUCCCUUAAUUUGCAAUUCUUUUGAGAUGCCUAAAUUGCCCUAAACUUCUGUUCUUUGUCCAGACAUUCCCAUAUUUUCUUGGUCACCUUUCCAUGACCUGACAGCAUCUCUUCCAUGAACUGUGAAGCCUGUGCAGACAGGGAUUCACAAAUGUAUCCAGUACUGCCGUUCCAUUUUUCCAGGAGUGGAACAUCGUGCUCACACAUUCAUUGCAGUCAAUUUUCUCAGCCCUUUAUGAAGACUGCCAUGCACCUAUCCAGACAUGUCACAGAUGACAGAAUAUUUUAUUUCAGAAGGAGCAGCUGGAAGUAUCCCUGUAUAAUUCCUGUUCAAAGCAGGAUUAUCAUGAACCUCAUGGUAAGGUCAGCUAUCUAUAUAUUUCUCUUGCUGGAUAUUAAAAACAUCUGGUGAUGGAUAUACUGCAACUACUCUGGAAUACCUUCCCAACUGCUAUAUAUCACUCCUAAGGAAAACAACCAAGCAAACAACAACAAAAAUUUAAAAAAAAAAUACAAUUUAAACUUUCUGAGCUGCAGCUUUUUCUGUUACCUUUUUUUAUCCCACCUUUUUAUUCUGUGGGGUUGUUCUUGCUUCUGGUACAGUUGUAACUUCCUUUUCCAUGCUUUCAGACAGCUCUUUGUCACUUGGUGUUUUCUGUGCCAGGCUAGAAAAACCUAACUCAGUCUGAGCUCAGAAGUUGUGUGUUAGACCCCCUCACCCUCUUGGCAAUAUUUGGUUGGGUUCCCUCAAGUUUCUCAAUCCUGAACCUGGGUUUAAGAGGCACCAAGAACUGGCAAAGUGCAUUGGAAGGUAGCUCUGCUGCAGACUGGUGCCUUUUUUCCUGUUCAGGAGGGCCUCUGGCUGCUGACACCCAUCACAACCUCUCUCUGUCUGAGGCUCUAAUCUGAAGGGCUGAAGCUGUUUUCCUGUUGCCACAACUGGAAUCUUCCAGCCCCCUCUGAAUUAAUUUGUACUUUGGGCACAGAUAUCGAGGAAGCCCAGUGUGACCAGGGCUGCUGAUGUUUCUUCUCUUUUUUAGGAAGCCUGUGUAAUACAUCUUCCCCAAGAGAAAUCCAUGCACUGAAUAGAAAUGCUUAUGAGAAGAGUUUAAUCAGUGUUAAACAGUUAGAAUGCUUUAAAUACACAUGAGUCAGGCCUUCCCCUCACAGACAAAAGCAUAAAGAAUAAAUAUGUAUAAACUCAUCUUAUGCAAAAGGUCAGACUACAUUAACUUCUGCUACAACCUUGAAACUUGAUUUCUUUGCUUUUGAAAAUUCAAUUUUCUACUUUCACCCAAAGUGUUGCAAAAUGCUCUUAUCUGAAUAGCAACCUAACCAUGUCUUUCUGAAAUGGAUUUGCACACAUGCAUAUAUAUUUUAUAAGUCCAAUGUCUAUAUGCUAAUUGCAUGGAGUUUCAUGUCCUCAAGUUUUUUCUGCUUUUUCAAAAUGUGAAACUGUGAUACAGUGAACUCUUACUACAAUCCACCAUGCCUUCCAGUCUUUGAAAGAUAUCAGCUACAAACACAGACAAGUUAUGCAAAAGGACAAAAGAACCCCCUCUUCUCCACAUGAAAGUCCAGUCUUCAGUAAUUGUCUUUUAUUUUGGAGUGGGUGGUUGGAAUAUUGUGAUGGCCUUGCUUUUUUUUAUUCAUCCUGUAAAUGGGGUUGCACUAAUAACAGCUUUUGGCUCUGAAAACUCCCAUAUUUCAAGCAACUAAUUUAAGAAGUUUCUCAUUCCUUCCUGAAAGCAUAGGUGCUAUUAGGAACCUACCUGUUACAGCACUUAAUCUUUGCUACUUUUAUAUGGAUAAGACUAUGUGCAUCAUUCCCAGCUGUGCAUAGAGGCCAAGGCAUUUCUGACACUAUCAAAUAUGCAGCUACAUGCAUGGGAAAGGCUGAGUGGGAAUGUUUUGGAUGUAAAACGAGUCAUCACUUUUGGUAAAAAUGCUAAUAUAAAUACAUAUUUCUUGUAUGUAAUCUCUCCCAUAUGAUGGGUACCUCAAAUACAUACAGACACAGAAGAUGUCUUUUCCCAUAGGAACUAUAUGUUAUUCCCAUAAGAGGUGAACCUGUGUUCCCAUACACACUGUAUAUAUUCCAUACCACAGCAUUCUUAGGAGGAAGCUGAUGGUGACCAUUCAGCCUAACAGGUUUCUGUUGCUUUUGGGGGCAGUUUACAUUGGCUGUCCUCAAGAGCUUCUGUGAAAGAGCCAUUUCUUGGCUUCAUCCACAUCUUGUGAAAGAGCCAUUUCUUGGCUUCAUCCACCUCACUGGAGGACAGAGGUUGUUUUGUGCAGUGAUUUGUACACUUGUUGGCACACCAUUAGCUGACAAGGUUUAUCUAAUCUGAGUUUGAUGUGUGUUAUCUACUGCCCCCAUGGUUUCUGUGGUCAAUGCAACAUGUCAAACUGAGCUGCCCUGUCUCCUGACAGGAGCUUGUCACCGUCUCUUAAUUUUCCUUGACAUCCAUCCUCUUCAACCAAGCAUUCAUUUUUUAAGCUGGUAAAUCAAUGAUUUAUCAGCUUUGUCACUCUUCUUGCUAAUUUUAGUCUUCUAUAUAUUUGACUAUGCUUCUAGUUUGGAAAAUUAGCUACUUCCUUUUUUUGCAGUUAAAUCUUCUUAUGAAAUAUGAAGGAGAUCAGCCAAGAAGUCUGGACAAACCAUGGUAUUCCUUUUCCACUUCAUGUCUGGAAAAAAACCCCACACCACUGAAAACUCACUAUCAUUCAUAGAGUAUCUUGUGUUCAUUUUCUACUGUGUUUGUUUUGCCAAGAAAAAAACAUACACUGAUGUUUUGUCCCAUUCCUUUUUGGGUCUCCAGGUGAGUCAGAGUCUAGAUAUAGCUCUGACAGAUUGAGGAGAAGGCAAAGAUAAACCCUCUUUCUGUAGAGGAUGUGACAGGAAUAUACCCCACUGAGAUGGCAGUAAUGACAGAGAAAUCAAAGAGAACACGUUCCAAAAUCCUAUCCAAAUAAAUCAAAUCCUCUAAAAAAAUCAUUCUAGAAUAUUAUUGGAUUUUUGGUAAAAAUAUCAGGCCAAAACACAGAUCAACAUAUUCCAAAACACAAAAUUCAGAAGUAAAUUGAAAAUUAUGUUGGUAUUUUUCUACUUGGAUUUGUCUCUAAUAAUAAAAUUCCUUACAAGUGGAACAGCUUAACCUAAAACUUAUUUCCUUGGACUUGAGCAAUGAAUCUAUUUAUUAUUGUCUUAGAUUCUGGCAUCAAUCAUCUUUUUAACUCCCUUAAAAUAUACUCCAGUCCUUUAAAAAAAUAAAAAUCUGAUCUUAAAUCUCUAUCUUUCAAUUAUGCUUAGACAAUUAGCCACAGCAUCUGAGAAAGCAGACAAUUAAACUUUCUCUAUAUACAGAAUUACCUUCAAUGAACAAUACAAGCCUUAAAUGGGAAAGACUUGUCUGUUGGGACAUCUUCUUUCUUGUUUAGAGGAAGUUUAUGUUGAUGAGUCUAAUUUAGCCAAUAAAGAAAGUAGUUGAAUUCUGUUCUCUUUCUUUGCCCUCUAUACCAUGCUGCAAAUUCAAGUACUUAAAAUUAAGCAUUCUAGUUUGUGUUACAAACAAAACACAUCUCUGAGAUUUUGAUUGAUUUCUCACCUUUCCCUGUAUGAAAUGUACAAACACAGUUACUCUGGUUUUGACACUGGAACCAUAUUCUUGGUUUAAUGACAUUUUCUUCAAAGUGUCUUGAAAUUGUAUCUCUCAAAAUCAGACUUUGACUUUUUCAUUGUUAAAGUUUAAAAUGGCAGCAGAAGUAACCACAUUUUUACAGUAUCUAUUCAAAUGGAACACCUUACACUGCUGGAUUAAUUCCCAGGUCAAUGGUAACACCUAAAAUUGGACCUUCAUUGCUCCUCAACUGACAUGUGGACUAGAAUUCAAUGGACAGGACCAUAGUCCUGUGAAGAUCCUUAGCCUGUGUUUCAGAGUUAUCUUUUACUUAUUUGUUAAAUACUUAGAAAAUACCUCUUGGAAUUAAACCCUACUGUUUCCUGUAAAUAAUUAGCUCUGAAAGUGGUUUUCUGUAUGCACACUGUUACAAUUUUUAGUUAACAAAGGCAAGGCUAGAAAAUUCUUUGAAUGAAAUAUUACGGUUUGAGGUUUUUUCAGAUAAGCAACUGGCAAAUAAUAUUGGGCUGAGUUUCAAAUGAGUAAUUUCAGCUUGAAGCAUUUCAAAUUUAUGGGGGUUUUUAAUCCUAAAAAAACUUUAAAAAAUCAAGAGGUUGGCCCCUGAACUUGAUAACCAUUUGUACUCUUGCAAAGUGGAUGUAAAAUACUAGCAUUGGAUUCAUGCCCAUGUUUGUGCAUACAGGCUGCAAAGCAAAGCAUCAGAGAUAUAUCCUUCUCCAAUUACUUCCUUUGGGGCUGAUUGUUCAGGGCAAGCAAUAUGCAUGAUAUAACUGGUGCAUGUUACAGUAACUACCACAUUCUGCAAAUUUAUACAGUAAUGAUAGUGAGGCUGAACUUUGCAGAUGAGUAGUCUAUGGCAUUUUUAAUUAUAACCCUUUCUGUGGUCUGAAUGCGAGUACAGCCAAUUCCAUCAUGUGACACUAGAGUUUGGACUUUUAAAUGAGACAUUAUUAUAUUUGAUUGAGGCAGUUAUGUUUCUCAAGAAUUAUUUCAAAUCAGACAGAAGCAGCAAUAAUUAGAGGUUGAGAGCUUAGAAAAUCUGCACUAUUUUUUUUAAGACACCAAGAUUUACAACACAUGCUCUGUCUGCCUCUGUCUAAUUUACUUCCCUUUCCCUAAUGAACAUUUGUCAACUGCCACACACUUCAAUUUUCUUUAACUAUGUCUGUCAAGAUUUAAGUGAGACUUACAUCAAAAAACCAAAACUAAUCUCACUAAGUGGAAACAUGUGAAGUUGAGUCAAUUCUGUGAUAUUUAAAGGAAAAUGGAAAUGCAAAUCAAUUUUCUUGGAAUGUAGGUUCAGACUCAACAGCAUUCACAAAGUCUUUAUUAAAGGUCUGAUCCUGAGAAAUGCUGGUCAAAUGCACUCUUGGUAUAAUGGACCAAAUCUGCAAGUGGAUUGACCUGGUGAAGAGCUUUAUACAGCCACAGGAUCUUAACAAAUGGCAACCAGCAGCUUCCAUGGCAUCUCAAAGUCAGACCACCACAAGAUAACAAAUGUUCUGUGUUCUUUUUAAGGCCAAAUUUCUAGUUGGUCAAAUGUGUUUUAAAAGUAAUGUCUUUUAAGGCCAAUGCUGACCUCUCCAAGGGAUCAAGUCAAUGGAUUACUGUGGACAGAUCCUUAUAGGUUAAGGGAAAGGGCUUUUAAUUUUUAAAUCUACUACUUUGAAUCAUGACCAUACAAAAAAGCUGAAGAAAUCUGACAUGAUCCCUUGUAUAAAUAAGAUCAUGAAUGUAAAGCUUAUAAUGCCACUGUGAAAUUUUAAUGCUUAUUUAUUAUGGUUAUGAUGAAACCUGUAUAAUAAGAUGAUGAUGAUGAUGAUAAUAAUGAUGAUAAUAAUAAUAAUAUAACAAUAAUAAUGAAUAGUCAUCAGUGCCAAUAUGAUUCUACUAUUUUUCUACAUAUGCUUUAUUGUGGCAUUUUGUGUAGCUUGUGUUCUGUGUAAAGAAAUGUCAAUAAAAUCUUUGCUUCCUUUUGUCUGUA